GCUCCCUCGCCCUCGCCCUCGCCCCCCCCGGCUCCGCACGCCGUCUCUCCCUCUCGCACACACACAGGCGCGCACGCUUUCUCUCGCUCUCCCUUUACCCGGAGGUGCACUGAUGAUAGCCGUUUAAUGAGGGGGGGGAAGUUAAGAGAUUAAACCAAUAUGAACCAUCGUUGCUCGUAGCGGUGCCCUAUCCAGAGCAGAGCAGAAUCCGGCGAGCACCCCUGCAGGAAUGGAGUCGGUAAAACAAAGGAUUUUGACCCCUGGCAAGGAGGGAUUGAAGAAUUUUGCUGGAAAAUCUCUUGGUCAACUCUACAGAGUCCUUGAGAAGAGGCAGAAGCCCGGGGACACCAUCGAGCUGACGGAAGAUGGAAAGCCCAUGGAAAUGCCCGAGAAGAAAGCUCCUCUGUGCGACUGUACCUGCUUCGGGCUGCCCCGGAGGUACAUCAUUGCCAUCAUGAGCGGACUGGGAUUCUGCAUUUCCUUCGGAAUCCGAUGUAACUUGGGAGUGGCCAUCGUGGAUAUGGUCAAUAACAGCACCAUACACCGAGGAGGAAAAAUUAUUAAAGAGGUGGGAACUCUUCCCUCGUAAAUCCCAUGUCCUCCCAGUACAACUCCCAGGUCAAGCACCUUAGCGCAGGCGAGACGGGCUCUGCUGGUUUCGCGGCUUUUCCCCCCCGCUUCAGCCCGCGAUGCUCCGCGGCCCC